AAGACUUCACUAGAAUCUACUCGUCGAGUCACCAAAGAUAAGGCUCUAUCGGACUCGGAGUCUCGGACAGCACAGCAAAGCAAGAGCCGCUACUCAAGUAUAGUCUCUGACACCGGCCGACCCUGCCCUCCAACCCAAGCCAUGGCGGACAACAACAACCGGCGGAACCACGGGCAGACCUUGCUCGCCGGCGCGGGCCUGGGCCUGCUCGCCGUGAACUCGGGCCUCGCCAUCUACCGCGCGAGGGGCGACACGGCCGCCGUCCUCUUCGUCGCGGGGUCCUGCGCCACCCUGCUCCUCCUCUUCGCCUGCCUCCGCGCCUACGAGCGGGCGGCGCCCGGGUCGCCGGCCCGGGACCGGGCGCGGCGCGCCGUGUGGCCGCUCGCCACGCUGCUCACGCUCUCGUUCGCCUGGAAGGUGGCGGCGGCCAUGCCUUCCGCCGCCGCGGCCGCCCUCGUAUGGGGCCUGGCCGUGGCCACCACCGCCGGCGGCUUCGUGGCACUGUACGUGCAGCAGGCAUGAACACGUGGGCGCGGGACGGACUAGGCAAGCAGCUGCAGACUUGCAGUUCGUUCAGGGAUCUAGAUCUGGGCGCCGCGCGCUUGUGUAGAAAUGUACAGUGUAUUUGGCUAGCUUUUCGAUUUUGUGCAUAUGUAUGUAGCUGACUGGCUGAUACUAUAAAACAGAGUGGCCUCUGUGUA